GGCUUGUAGACAGGAGCUCAGCUGCUACACUGUGCUACACACCGUUACAUUUAUGUUCAACCUUUCCCCUAACCAUAAUAACAUAGAGUUCAGAAUCAAAUAAGAUGCCUUUGCCUGUGCAAGUCUUUAACUUUCAGGGGUCUGUGGAACCAAUGCAGAUUGAUGCUGACCCACAGGAGGACCAGCAGAAUGCUCCAGACACCAACUACAUAGUGGAGAACCCAACGCUGGACCUGGAGCAGUACGCCACCAGCUACAGCGGAUUAAUGCGUAUCGAAAGACUUCAGUUCAUCGCCGAGCACUGCCCUCAGCUUCGAGUGGAAGCCCUGAAGAUGGCCCUCACCUUCGUUCAGAGGACUUUCAACGUUGACACUUACGAAGAGAUCCACCGCAAACUCACAGAGGCCACGCGGGAAGUGCAGGGUGUGCCUGAUACGGUCCCCGAAGGCGGGGUCGUUCCUCCUCCUCUGGACUCAGCCUGGGCCGAGUCCACCAGGAAAAAAGCUCUGCUCAAGCUGGAGAAGCUCGACACUGAUCUCAAGAACUACAAGGGAAACUCCAUUAAAGAGAGCAUCAGGAGAGGCCACGAUGACUUGGGAGACCAUUACCUGGACUGUGGUGACCUCAGUAACGCCCUCAAGUGCUACUCCAGAGCCAGAGAUUACUGCACCAGUGCUAAACAUGUCAUCAACAUGUGUCUGAAUGUCAUCAAGGUUAGUGUUUACCUCCAGAACUGGUCCCAUGUACUGAGUUACGUCAACAAGGCAGAAUCCACACCAGAGAUAGCAGAGCAAAGAGGAGAGCGAGAUAGCCAAAAUCAAGCAGUCCUCACCAAAUUAAAGUGUGCUGCAGGCCUGGCAGAGUUGGCCUCUCGUAAAUACAAACCAGCUGCCAAGUGUUUCCUGCAGGCUUCCUUUGACCACUGUGACUGUCCAGAGCUCCUGUCACCCAGUAAUGUAGCAGUGUAUGGAGGCUUGUGUGCUUUGGCCACAUUUGACAGACAGGAGCUCCAACGUAACGUCAUCUCCAGCAGCUCCUUUAAGUUAUUCCUGGAGUUGGAACCUCAGAUCCGUGACAUCAUCUUCAAGUUCUAUGAGUCAAAGUAUGCGUCUUGCCUCAAACUGCUGGAUGAAAUGAAGGAUAACCUUCUGUUGGACAUGUACCUGGCCCCACACGUCAAGACACUGUACAGCCAGAUCAGGAACAGAGCUCUCAUCCAGUAUUUCAGCCCCUACGUGUCAGCAGACAUGACUAAGAUGGCUCAGGCCUUCAACACCACAGUAGCAGCUUUGGAAGAUGAGCUCACACAGCUCAUACUGGAGGGACUCAUCAACGCACGCAUCGACUCCCACAGCAAGAUUCUGUAUGCGAGGGACGUGGAUCAGAGGAGCACCACAUUUGAGAAGUCUCUGCAUAUGGGCAAAGAGUUCCAGAGACGAGCCAAAGCCAUGAUCCUCAGAGCUGCUGUACUACGCAACCAGAUCCAUGUCAAGUCUCCACCCAGAGAGGGCAGCCAAGGCGAACUGACACCAGCCAACAGCCAGACCAGGAUGAGCACCAACAUGUGAGUCUGCAGGUCGACUCUGCUGACAGCAGCCUCAGACUGGAGGAGAGGAAUCACCCAGUCAUUCAUCAACACCACAUCAACGUCACCAACCCCCACCCCAU